AUUUUCAAUCAUGGCAAUUUUGUUGUGGUAUUGGCCCUCGUUCGAAACCGUGCAAAAGCGAAGCCCAUAAUCAAUAAGUCCAUCCCAGACUUUACACUAGAGAACAAAACCAACCAACGAUAACGAACAACAUCCGAACCCUCAUUCAAAAUAGUAAGUCAAGAGGAGUUGAAAAGGGACUUAAAAAUCCCGAACAGAAGAAGGAUGCCGGCGCGCAGGGAUCCGGACGGCAAUCAUCUGUUCGUGCCAUGUCCGCGAUGUUCCACCCGCGAUCCGGGCGCUGUGUUAAUUUUUCUAAUGGCAAUAAGACAGCUAUUCGAACCAACCCCACGCAGGAGUUCAACAGAGGACUCAUCUUCAGCCUCGAGCCGAUCAAAGACAAUGAAAUUUUCGAGGUGAAGAUUGACAAAAAGUUAAACACAUGGAGUGGGAGCAUAGAGAUUGGAGUCACCGUGUGCAACCCCGAUGUUAUCGAUAUUCCCAUCACAGCAACAGACCUCAGAGGGGGAACAUGGAUAAUGCUCGGCCAAGGAGUGUUGCGGGAUGGCCGGUCCCUACAUGAGGCCUAUGGCUGUGAUUUAGACAAGCUGGUGGAAGGAGACAGAGUGGGGGUUAUGCGAACGUCACAGGGGGACCUCAAAUUUUUUGUGAAUGGAGAGUGUCAGGGAGUGGCAGCAGUCAAUUUGCCACAAAUAUUAUAUGCUGUGGUUGACAUGUACGGCAAAUGCGCUCAAGUUACCCUCACCGCACCCUCAACUCCAGAUUCAAAUACAUUAGAUGAGGAUUCCAUAAGUGAACUCUCAUCCAUGCGUGACUCCAACAUAUUGGACUCCCAGCCGGAAACCAAUACUACCCCCGCCUCCGUUGUUAAUAACCAAAGCAUAACCAGCAACAAUACCGCAGUUGUAAAUCUAACCUCCUCCAUAAAUGUCGGCACCUGCAGUGCACUUAGUAAUCAUGUAGCAAAUAUUAGUAUUGCCAAUAGUUUGAUGUCCAACAGUGAUAGUAAUGUCUUACACGAUGAGAGAGAUGGGAGAGAAAGUAGUUGCGAUGUUAGUGAAUCCAAUAACCCAUCCCCACGACCUUUGGAAACCACAGUGGUGCCAUCGUCAGUCCCUGCCACCAGUUGUGGGGCUACACAGACUAGUGGGGGAGGCAAAAAUGCAGGCAAUAGUGCCACCCAGUCAGGUUACACGUGUGGUGGGGCAGUGGGGGGCUCGGGUAGUAAUAACUGCGACGGGGGAAAUAAUAACGGCGGCGGUAAUAACAACGGGAACACCAACGGCAAUGCUAACAGUGUGGGGAACCAGGCAGGUAAUAAUAACCCAGGACCUGCAGAUAAUAGUGUGAAUUACGACUCGAGUAAUGAUCGGCUAAGGUUCCACGACAAGUGUGGAACCCUCGUUAAGUUGUCCAACAGUGGGAGAACAGCAGAGAGAAGACGACCACUCGAUGAAUUCAACAAUGGAGUUGUAAUGAGCUGUAGAGCACUAAGAGAAAAUGAAUUAUUUGAGAUACGAAUUGAUCGUCUAGUGGACAAGUGGUCAGGCAGCAUUGAGGUAGGGAUUACAACGCACAAUCCCAGUGUCCUAGACUUUCCGGCCACAAUGACAAAUAUGCGCUCAGGGACUACAAUGAUGAGUGGUACCGGCAUACUUACCAAUGGCAAAGGAACACAUAGAGAAUACGGGGAAUUCAACCUUGACGAGUUAAAGGAGGGUGAUCGGAUUGGCAUGAUGCUAAAAACCGGCGGAGAACUUCACUACUAUAUCAAUGGCCUGGACCAGGGAGUCGCAGCUACCAAUGUACCGCCUCCCGUGUGGUCUGUUGUUGAUCUUUAUGGCAUGACAGUGAAAGUAACAAUAGUGGACCGGGACCAGCGAGAAGAACAGAACUUAAUCACUCGAAGAAACACUCAGUUGUCUGAUAUCCAGCCACCUUUGUCCGAUACAGAUGAUGAAACCAGCGAGGCUUUGCUCUUUCACAACAACUGCGGGACAUUUGCCGAGGUCAUCAAUAAUGGUCGCACAGCCCAUCGCCCAAAUGCUUCAGAUGACUUCAACAAUGGUGUGGUUCUGACACGACGUCCCCUGAAACCAAACGAGAUGUUUGAAGUGCGUCUAGACAAGUGUGUUGACAAGUGGGCAGGCUCCCUGGAAAUUGGUGUAACAACACAUGCACCUACAGACCUUGAGUACCCAUCUACCAUGACUAAUGUUAGAUCUGGAACGUGGAUGAUGACAGGCAAUGGGGUAAUGCAUAAUGGUACUACAAUCAUUGAUGACUAUGGCCAGAAUUUAGAUAGGCUUAAGGUUGGGGACCGAGUAGGAGUCAUCCGUAAGGACAAUGGAAACCUAAUUUUCUAUGUAAACGGAGUGGAGCAAGGACUAGCAGCAAGUAAUGUGCCCGAGCGAAUAUAUGGUGUCGUAGACCUCUACGGCCAGGCAGCUCAGGCUUCCAUUGUGCAACAUUCCGAGCACUGUUCAUCAGAUGUCUUGCCGUCUAGCCUCUCUAGCUCUACCAUAUACAGUGAUCUCCGAUUCCACCAUUUACAUGGAAAGAAUGCACGCAUAUUAAAUGGUGGAUUAACAGCUCAGCGCCCCAAUGCCCAUGGAGAAUUUAACGAUGCAAUAGUCAUCAGUAAUAGGCAGUUACAUGAAGGGGAAAUGUUUGAAGUUAUGAUAGAUAAAAUGGUAGACAGAUGGUCAGGAUCCUUGGAAGCUGGUGUGACAGCCAUUCCACCUGAAGAGAUUGACUUCCCAAGCACCAUGACAGAUAUUGAUUACGAUACCUGGAUGCUGAGUGGGUCUUCUGUCAUGCGAGAUGGUGUAACUAUCAUGAACAAUUACCGGUGUGACUUAGACUCCCUGGGGGUUGGCACACGUGUGGGCAUGAUGCGACACUCGGACGGCUCGCUGCAUUACUACGUCAACGGAGAGGACCAGGGUACAGCUUGCGAGAACCUUCCUCCUGGUUUGUGGCCUGUGGUGGACCUGUAUGGGCAGUGUGCGCAGGUGACCAUUGUUCACAACCCCAUUCGUCAUGACCAGUCUCUCAUCUCCGUGUCACAGUACUUGGACAUGUCCCAUCUCUCACUGCCUGCUGCUGGCCAGGCCAGUGUUGGCUCAGAGGUACUGCACCGUUUUUCCAAAUGCUGUGGAGCUAACAUAGCCCUGAGUAACAACGGUACAACAGCAGCUCGCGUGCGGCACUUCAAUCAUGGUUUGCUGUUCACGUCUCAUCCAUUAGAAGCAGAGGAACUAUUUGAGGUACGCAUUGAGCUGGUUUCAGAAGGUUACUGUGGGUCCUUGAGCAUUGGUCUGACCUCUCUCCCAGUGACCGACUCUUACCCAGCCGUCAGCCUCCCAGCCACGUUAUCUGGAAUAGAAUCAGCUGACACGUGGUGGGUCAGUGGUUCGGACGUGAGAAGGAAUGGGUCCUCUGUCCUUAGGUUGAAUUUCUGCCCUAAUCUUGGGAGGUUGCUUGUUGGGGAUCGCAUCGGCAUUAAGAAGACGAGCGAUGGAGCAAUGAGGCUGUAUAUAAAUGGUGAAGAUUUCGGAAUUGCUGCUACUAAUGUCACUAAGAGAGUAUUUGGUGUGGUUGACCUUUUUGGCUUCACGGAAUCUGUGGUCAUAACAAGUGUCUCAAGACAAGCAAGUUCACCUGUAAUGGACUCCACAGUUAUGGCCACAAACAACAAUGCCGUGUCGCAAGAUUCUCUCGAGCUAUCUCAGCCAGACUCUCGCCAUCCCUUAGGCCACCAUUCGCUCACUUCGGGCUUUCACCCAGCAACGUCUGCCCACAUUCCUCACGAUCACAGGGUAACAUCCGAGACGAAGAUGACAAAUGACCAAAGAGGACAAGAAUCCAGACAGAAUGGCCAGCAUCACCAAGGAGGAGACCUAAGAACCAGCAGCCAUUCUCACGGGGCGCUCGAGCUGUCGACAGAGGGCAGGCAGCAGCACUCGAGCUUAGGAAAUAACAAAGACUCUUCACUCAUUCUGUUCCAUGAGAAGACGGGCAAAAAUAUCCAGCUCUCCAGCGAUCGCAUGACAGCUCGUCGAUCAGAAAGCUAUAACCAAGGGAUUGUUAUGUCGGUUAAACCUCUACCAAGGAAUGUAGUCUUCCAGGUUCGAUUGGGGUCCUUGAAUUCCCGUUGGUCAAGUUCCCUCAUGAUUGGGGUGACGGCACAGGCCCCUGAGAAGAUCCACCUCCCAAACACAGCCUUUGCACUGAAACGUAACACAUGGGUUAUAUGUGGGGAUUCAGUCUUCUACAAUGGGGUUAAAAUCAAAGGUCGAUAUGGACCAGACUUAGACAGUUUAGCAGGAGGACCCAGUGGCCAUUUGGUGGGUAUCAUGGUGGACGACGAAGCACGACUGCACCUCUUGGUCAAUGGUGUUGACCAAGGGGUUGCUGCGAAGGAAAUACCCCCAAACCCUUAUGUCGUUCUGGACUUGUAUGGGCAGUGCCAGGAGGUUACCUUGUGUAAUAAUAGCAUGAGCAUGGAAAUUGCCAACACGACUACCACCAGUAUUUCAUCCACAAACACAAUCAACAGCAGCAGUAAUACCCUCGCGAACAGCACCACCACCAGCCCAAACACCACGUCUAACACGACAACCACCAUCACAUCAGCUGCACAGAUUGGCAAUGAACAGAAUAAGAAAAACCUACUCAAGACUCACGAGCAUCACCACCACCAGCAGCAACAGCAACAGCAGCAGCAACAGCAACAGCAACAACAGCCGCAGUCACAACAGCCAUCACUUCUGCCAGGGUUGGUCAGUCUUCAAGACAACUCCCCAAGCAACAUCUCCAAUAACGACUCGGCAGUUGUUAGACAAAGCGAUUCAAAUUUCCAGACAGAGCAUAUCACACAGCCACAUCCUCCCAAACUUAAGGAGAAGGCAAUUUCUCGUUCUCAGCCAGAUAGCAGUAUGGUAAAGAAUUGUGAAUACCAAAAUAUGUGCUAUCGUUUCAAGGCCUCAUUAGCUCUACCAGAGGGAUACUUCAGUCCAGAAGGCAACUUAUGUUAUUGCGAAACCUGUCAUAAAAUACGGGGGGAUGAACCAUAUUAUACAAAAGGAAAUCCACCAAAACAUUACGCACAACCUUUUGGCUGGUGUCGUUUUGCACUUGUGAGCGGGGUUGGCGAUAAUAACGAGUCGUGGCACAUGGCUUAUCACGGCACCAGACCUGGGGCAGUAAGACGUAUGUUAGAUAAAGGAGAGCUUCUGUUCUCAGGUGAAUUAGGAGUGAGCUCAACCUUAGCUGGUCGUCGAAGUAAAGAUGAUGAUAGUGAUGGAUCACAGUUAUGUUUCUCUCCCACUAUUUCAUAUGCUUCUACAGACCAGUUUGCACCUGCUGUCUUGUUUGUUGACCCGUGCACAAGAAAAACAUUACAUGUUCGGGUGGUACUGCAAAUAGCAGUCAAACCUGGUUCGUACAAGGUUGGUUCGCCUUCCAUACCCUGGACUCCUAGCCUGCCCAACACCCACACAGCCCCCGACUCACACCUGCAACCCGACACCAUAGAGUGGGUAACAAAAGAACGAGGCGCGACUCAGCUCCUGUCCCUUCUGAUUAGAAUCGAAGAGGAAAAGUGAAUAGCUCAAUAUAAAAUAGCAUUUACCGAUAUUAGUACUUUUCAAUGGAUUUAUGAUAAGUAUAUAGUAUGUCAACUCUGCCUCCCUCCAUCCCUGAUUGAUAUAUCGCGAAGUCAGUGGUAGAUGCAAAUCAUGUACAAUCCAGUGGACAAACUUACACAAAUGGCUAUAGCAUAAUGGCAAGCACACUGAUUAUUUUUCAUUAUUUUUUUUUUCAUGUAAAUAGCAAUGAGUAUCUUUCAAAACACAGCACAACCCUGUUGAUGGCUAUGCAUAAUGGAAAUGUUUUGAAGGUCAAUCAUGAUCAUACAUAGUGUAUAAAGUUUUUUGUAAUUUCAUUUGGCUAUUGUAAUAAGCAACAAGUUUAUAUUUCAUCAGAAGACACAAAAGUGAUUGCAUUACAAAUCUCUUAACGUUGAAGUAUGGAUCAAAACGCCAGGUUCUUUGGAAAACUAAAAAUAUAUACAUAUAUAUUACUAUGCAAUUAAGACUUUGUGUACUUUUCUAAUUUGUAAUUUUUAAUAGUGUUUAUACCGAAAGUACCAUUUUUAAUAUUCAUAUCAAAAUUAACAAAACAUUAACACUGUCAAACAAUUUAAUUCUUUUUUAGGUGUGUCAUUGGUCAAUCAUCUUUGGGUGUAUGAAUAAGGCGUAGCAUUAGGACCGAAUAGUCAUUUUAGUAAUGUUCGCGUUUUAAUCAGUGUUCAAUUUUUUCCCCAUUUAUAAUAUUCAGCUGUCUUUCAGAAACGAGAUUAAUCGGUAGAGAACCAUACAGGAACAAAUACCUAGACCGGAAAUUGAUUAUUAAAGGGGCAAAGCAUACGUCUUUGCGAUUAUUACACUUGGAAACCAGGCAGGAAUUUCAACCUUCUCAUUAUUAUCCUUAUGGUUCUUUUUUUCACUUACAUUUUUCUAAAUGUGAUAGUACAUCAUUUAAACUGAUAAGAGUUCUUCGUCAUCCAAUUUGAAAUGUAUGGGUUUGUGGAUAAUUUAUUUAUUGUAUUUAUUUUGCCCUUCUUUUCUUUUCCACUGGCAUUGGUUAAUUAGAAACGGAAUAAAUGUGCGGGUGUGUUUUGUACGUACUUUUGGGUACGAGUAAGCAUAACUUGAAAAUAAUAUGGGUGAAAGUAAAGAGAGAGAAGAAAAGGAUUUCAAAGUGCACUGUUGGCUCUCGGUCUAUGUAAAAUUUUGUUAAAGAAUUCCAUGAGAGGUUUACGUUUGUAAAAUUAUUAUUAUUAUUAAUUCUUAGGAUAUAUGGAAUGCUAAUUCAGUUGAAGUUAUUUACUUUCUCCCUUUGUAUUUAUACUCUCAGACACACAUGUCCUCACACUCAGACUCUCUCACACACCACUCAUGCACACUCACUCACUCACUCUCACACACUCACACUCAUAGUCACUCACUCAUUCACACACACUCACUUUCACUCUUAUUCACUCAUUCACACACUCAUACACUCUCUCUCUCACUCUCACACACACGCAUGGACAAUCUCUCUCACUUUCACAUACACUCACUCACUCACUCACUCAGACCUCUUUCCUCUCAUCUUUUCUUCAUAUACUAGUACCUUGAAUAGUGCUGAGUUGGCAGUGCAGAAUGUCAGUUAUUACAUAUUUUGGAGAACUACAUGUCAUCUAAACAGUUUAAUUAUUUUUGAGGUUCACAGACUCACACCAAGAUUUUUCCAAGAAUUUAUAUUUGAUUAAAUAUAAAGUUUCUUGGAACACCAUUAUGUUAUAUAGGUUGGGAGUAGGAGAGGCUAUAUACAGUAUAUAAAUAAUAAAUGACAGUGCAUGUUACAUCAGAAUAGGUAUCUAAUACAGUGUAUCUAUGAUCUCUUGUUACUGAGCCUUGUAUGUGACUUUAGGUAUCUCGAAGAUGUUUGCAAGAAAAGUGCUGUUUAUCACAAAAAACAGACAUCAGAAUGGGUAUGUGUAUGUAUGCAUGACGUUUAAUGUAAACAAUCAUUCAGAAGGUCUUUCCAUGUGUUAUGCAAAUAUUUUUGUAUUCCUUUAGUUUUCAUUAGUUUUCUUAAUUAGAUGAACUCUUACAAGACUCUGAAACCAUUUGUAUUGGUUCUUAUGCAUCAUGUGCUGCUUUGCGUGUUGGUUGAGGUUAUUUUCAGUCACCUUGGUUAUCUUUAUUUAUUUUUCUUACGUUAAUGUAUUUAUUUUUUUCUUUUCUUUUUCAAAUAAUGACUUAUUAUGUAAGUUAGUAUAGCAGUUUACAAGAAUAGUUUUAGUUUUCUCAUGCAUGUCAUUUUGAAGUAUCUCUGAUUUAAAAAGGUUGUUUUUAUAAAUCAUUGAUUCUUUUUUGCAGUAGUUUUGAAGUACUACAAUCAUUCUCUUCAUUGCUGUCAUCAUAAAUUGCUAUUUCAUUAGCCACCUCAUUAUUUAUUGCUGAUCAUUUCCAAUACUUUUUUGGUCAUUCUGUUCGACCAUUGAGCAGGUGACUUUCAUAUUCUCGGUAUAUUAUCCUCACACAUUCAAGCAUGUUGACAUAUACCAUUAAAAAUACACAUAAUUUCUUAGCCUUGCUGUGAUAUUAUUUUUGCCAUAUCUCACAAGCCUGCUGUUGCUUGUGACCUAACCCAAGAAACUCAUGUCAUGUGUAGCUGUUAGAUACCAGUGACCUCAACAAAAUUGACCUCGGCUUGCUUAUGUUUCCAAUGAUGCUUUUGCGCCUGGUUUCAGUGGCAGCUAUCACGGUCAAGAGUACCAUGGGGUUUUGGUACCAUAAAUGGGCCCAAUUAUGGUAUAAGUUUCUGUGUGGAAAUUUGAGUGAUAUUGGUUGUUACAUAAUAUUUGAAGUUGUGUUAUAGUGUUGUUUUUUAUGUAUGUAACUAGAUCUAGUCUGGCAUAUUAUAAGCUUCUUUCAUACUUUUAAAAAAAGCUGUAUUUCAUUUAUUUUGGAUUUUAUGUUGAAUACUAGAAAGAAAAUUGUAUUGUGUCCAACUCUUAUAGAAUGUAUAUAUUUGUUACUUUUUUUUUCUUUUUCCCCUUCUUUCAUUACUAUGAGUUAGUAAUACAAAAAUUCUAAAGCACAUUUAGUAAACAAUCUCCGCAGUAUUCAGUCUUCUCUUACUCGAAGCCAUUUUUAUUCUUUUACACUUUCACACAUAUGGGUUGUCUCUUUUCUGUUGUGUUUCUAUGAUUCCUGCCAGAAUGAGAUGUAUUUCCCCCCUGAUUGGUUUAGUGAGGUAUAAGAAAUGUGUCGGAGAAUUAUUUGAGUAUGGAAAUGUUUUAUACGGUUGAUGCUGUCAUUUUAGCUCCAGAAUUUUGCCAUGAAUGAAACAAACUGGAUUAAUUAUUUAAAGUAUUUACAUUCCAGUAUUCCAUUUUAUAAGGGAAAUAUAUAUUGAAUUCUAGCAUCAAAUCUGAGUUUGGAUCAAAUCUAGCAAAAGAGAAAGAACUUUUGUAUACUGAAAUCAGCUGUGCACUAAAUUAUAUCUUGCUGAGCCUACCGAAGUUAUCAGAAAUAUCAACAGGAAAUAGAACUCAAGACAUCUAAGGAAGACCAUCAAAAUAUCAUUGCUUACUGAAAAUAAGACAACACAUAGAAAACGGAUAACCUAACACUCGUCUGACGUACAUUACAUGUAAGUUUGUAUAUACAUGUGGAAUGUUUGGAAAAGACAAUUCAUGCCUUUCCUUCCAAACUGAAAUACUAUUGAAACUUUGAAACUUUUUCAGAUGCUUUAUCUGAACAACUCUUAAAAUAUAUGGAAAU